UCUCCCCUGACGCAUCUUUACCCCAGGCCCUACCCACCUUCCACAACGCCACAGCCGCUUCCAGCCCAGCCUGGGAAAUGAGUGUGCGCCACACAGGGAACUCGGGUGCACAUUUGGAGCUAAAGGGCAAGGGAGGAAGCCUGAAAGGGAAAAAAUGGGAGCAGAAGACCUCAGAAUUGGGGAGGAGGGAGAGGGUAUAUGGCAACUGCAGCUCAAGUGACUCAGGUCUUUAUUCACACCUCAGCCAUUUCCGUCACCCCCCCCCCCCAAGCCACAGCCACUCUGUGAGAGGAAGCUGGGGUUUGUGGUUCCUGUUUUGCCUGGGGACAAGGAGUGGGAGGGAGGAGGGAGUUGGUAAGAGCUCUGGCUUCUUAUUUCAGGGUCAUUAAUGCUUCCCCAAGGUGAAAGGGGCUGGGUUGGUGGCUUCAAUGCCUGUUCCUUCACCUGUAGUCAUUCUUGUGAAACAAAACUUGUCUAAGUUUUUAUUGUGGUCAUUUCUGUCUACCUCUCAAUCUCCUGUGAGUUUCUUGAGGGCAGAGACCAUCUAUGACACGUUGCUAAAUUUCUAGAACCCUGCAUGGGUAGUAGGACCCCAUUUUUCAUUGGUGGAUGACCUUGGAAGAAGACCAAAAGGAGUACAUAUCAAACAGCCCUCUGAGGGCCUGGUGCUGAGAAAGAGGUGAUACAGGUGGGCACCAGCUAUUGGAAGACCACGGGAGAGAUUAGCAAGGGAAGGAGGUGAUGGAGAAAAUUCAGAAUGCCGCUUUACCACCUAGAGGAAGGUGGGUGUUACCUUUACAUUCAGUUACCUUUACAACCUGAGGGCAACAGACAGGCAUAAGAAAGACCGGAAGCUGUCCAUCUUUGUUCCCAGACAGAAACAGUACCGUCUGAAAUGAGAAACAAAGUAACCAUAUUUGUUCCUGGCAAAUGGAGGCCGUGAGAACAGAAGCCGCGCACAGCCAUGAUUAGUGUUUGCUGAAUACAGUCACGGCCUUGGCGGCGUUAAUCUAACAAUAGGGCUCUUCUUGCUGAUCCCACCCACUUCAGUUUUAAGCCAGCGAUUCCAGGGUUUUCCUGGCCACUCUGGGUUCGCCACGCGGCAGCUGGGAAAGCCUUGAGCGAACACAGUAACAAGACCAGGAAGUUGCGAGGACCUCAGAGCACGUGAUGGGGGACCCGCUGGUGCUGUCACGUGGCCGGCCAGCCUGCGGUUCCCUGUUGCGGAAUGUUCAGCUGCUCUUAAAGACCCGCAUCUGCCCCACCGGAGCCAACUCUGAGCUUUCGCUGACUUUGGACCCCUCGGGGGACCUGAACUUGAUGCCAUGGGAGGCUGUGCAGGCUCGCAGCGGCGCCUUUCAGAUUAUGAGGGAGAGGUGUCUGACCCGGAACCUCGUCCCAUUCUCCUGGACCGGCAGGACGCCCAUUGGAAGAACAUGAUCGGCUUCUGGCUCCUGGGCCUUUGCAACAACUUCUCUUAUGUGGUGAUGCUCAGUGCUGCUCAUGACAUCCUUAGCCACAAGAGGACACCUGGGAAUGAAAGCCAUGUAGACCCAGACCCAGUUCCCACCCCUCACAAUAACUCAUCUCGAUUUGACUGCAACUCUGUCUCCACAGCUGCAGUGCUCCUGGCAGACAUCCUCCCCACGCUCGUCAUCAAAUUGCUGGCUCCUCUUGGCCUUCAUCUGCUGCCCUACAGCCCCCGGGUUCUCGUCAGUGGGGUUUGUGCAGCUGGAAGCUUCGUCCUGGUUGCCUUUUCUCCCUCAGUGGGAAUGAGCCUGUGUGGUGUGGUCUUUGCUAGCAUCUCAUCAGGCCUGGGGGAAGUCACCUUCCUCUCACUCACUGCCUUCUACCCCAGGGCUGUGAUCUCGUGGUGGUCUUCAGGUACUGGGGCCGCAGGGCUGCUGGGGGCAUUGUCCUACCUGGGCCUCACCCAGGCCGGCCUCUCCCCGCAGCGCACCCUGCUGUCCAUGCUGGGUAUCCCCAUCUUGCUCCUGGCCAGCUAUUUCUUUUUGCUCACAUCUGCCGAGCCCCAGGACCCUAGAGGGGAGGAAGAGGCAGAGAGGGCAGCCCGGCAACCGCUGAUGGGCAGCGAGGCCCCAGAGCAGCAGUCAAACCCAGACUCCAGCACAAGCCUCUCUUUUCAGGAGAAGUGGACUGUGUUCAAGGGCCUGCUGUGGUACAUCAUCCCCUUGGUCCUGGUUUACUUUGCUGAGUAUUUCAUCAAUCAGGGACUUUUUGAGCUCCUCUUCUUCCGGAACACGUCCCUGAGUCACGCUCAGCAGUACCGCUGGUACCAGAUGCUGUACCAGGCCGGCGUCUUCGCCUCCCGCUCUUCUCUUCGCUGCUGUCGCAUCCGUUUCACAUGGGUCCUGGCCCUGCUGCAGUUCUUCAACCUGGCCUUCCUGCUGGUGGACGUGUGGUUGAGCUUCCUGCCAAACAUCUACCUCGUCUUCGUGAUCGUCCUGUAUGAGGGGCUCCUGGGUGGUGCUGCCUACGUGAACACCUUCCACAACAUUGCCCUGGAGACCAGCGACAAGCACCGGGAAUUCGCCAUGGCAGCCACCUGUAUCUCUGACACCUUGGGGAUCUCUCUGUCAGGGCUCCUGGCCCUGCCUCUGCAUGACUUCCUCUGUCACCUCUCCUGACACUGGGCUCGGAACACAGGAUACACUGAUAGGUGGGCAGAUCAGACCCCAGGCCUACAGCCCGGAGCCCAUCCAUAAGCUCCGCCCCUGGACUUUGCUGCGUGACUGGGCUGUAGAGAAGAAGCGCUAAGGUUCCGCUUUCCUUGGAGCAAGGGGCAGCAGCUUUCUCCCACUCCACGUUCACUUGGGGUCCUUGGCAUCAUGCCCUCGGAAUAAACGCCUCUAUUAUUGAUUGA